AUGAAAUAUUAUCACUUUAAAAUCAUUCAAAUCAUAUUGUUUAUUGUUGCAUUGUAUUUGUAUACACAAUUUUCAAAUGGUGAUGAUAAAUCAUCUGCUCUAGUAUUCAAUAGAUUCCGUCCUUCUACUGCUACUACAACUACUUCUACUUCUACUACUACUACGUCUACAAGAGUAGAAAAGAUAUUUGCAGUAGAUGAUAAAGCAACAAAGAUGUGGAUUGAUGAAUCAAUCUUUAUUUGGACUACAUCUGUCAUUUUAUUUAUUGUUGCAUGGAAUGUAGGUGGAGUUGGAAAGACAACGUCGAGGUUGUUUAUCGGUGUAUUCAUCUACAAGGCAUUGAUACAAGUCAUUAAACAUCUGCCAACUGAACAUUUGCAAUCUUUGCGAUCGGUCAUUGGUGAUGACGCCAACCUCUAUCUCGAAUGGUAUAUGGGUGGUACGCCACACGCUUUCACCUUACAAACCCUCUCUUUGCAAGCUGCCGUCAUUGUCUUUUUCGGUGGUAUCUUGGCAUUUAACAUAAAGUUGGCCGAUCGUUUCUGGUUGGUCAAAUCGAUCCUGAUCGACUGGAUUGGCGUUGUCAUUGCAUUGCUAUCAACUGCCAUCUACGACGCUGUCAAUCACAACUCUAUCUUUUUCGUUGUCACAUUGGCCUAUUUCUUUGGUGCUAACAUACUUGGAUUUGGAACGAUGAAGAUGAUCGAAUAUUGUUGGUCUAUCCGAUCCAGAAAAUUAAAUGUCGCUGAAAACUUGGUAUUUGAUACUGAUGAAACGGAAACGGAAACCAAUCAAUCAACAACUACAACAACAACAACAAUUGAAAAGGAUACAACAGAUUAUAGUAAACUAUCAGAAGAUGAAUUAAAUGAAAUACUAUCAUCACCUGAACACUUGGAAAUGGAAAGAGCAGAGGAUCCAAGCAAGAUCUUUAUCAAUAAUCUCCGUGCUCCCGUCUAUGUCAGAAGUACCAUCCGUCCCAAAGAGUUGGUCAUUACCAUUCUAAUGAUGGUCUAUGCUCUCUCGAAUCAAAUCAUCCAAUACUAUCAGUUUGUCUCGCUCUGGCAAAUUGCCCUUCUCGUCGGUCUCUGCACUACUCUUCUUGCCUAUCUCACAACUAUUUCAUCUAAAAGAUUAACAACCAAACAAACAUCUAAAAGAGAAAGUUAA